AUGCCAUGCAGUUUUCGAGAUUAUGAUAUUUAUCUUGAACGAUUGGAAUCAUACAAGGGUGAAAAUGCAACAUCAAUUGAAUACAAAAUUCGGCUAACUAGACUAGGCCAUGGAAAUUCAUACGCUGCAAACGGAUAUAUGAUUUAUAAAGAAGAUUUAUAUAGUGAUGUUCAGCAUAGUAUAAAGACAUUUUACAGUUCAGAUGGAUCAACACAAUUUCGUUCAUAUCCGUAUACAAUACAAAGCUCAAAUAUUUGCAAAUUUUUCAAAACAAAUUACAGGCAAUAUGGACAAUCGUGGAUUAAACCUCAUACAAAUUUCCCUUAUAUUCCAGAGGAAGGAAUUUGUCCAUUACCUAAAGGAAAAUAUUAUUCAAAAAAUUUAACAUUUGAGGAUGUGCCUCUUCCAACUCAUGCUCCAAGAGGCUUAUGGAAGUUUGAUCAAAGAUUCGAGAGAAAUGGUAAACUCAUCGGUGGACUUAUGAUGUAUGCUAGGGUUACUGCCAAAUGGUGAAAUAAUUGGUAAUUUCAUGCUGGUAGUU